AUGAACAUUGGUCAUGCAAAAGAAAUGGAGAGUUUCUGGAUCAGUGGAGUCAUCACUGCGUUGAAAGCGCUUUCAUAUGUCUACGAUUUGUUGACCUUUCCAGUCUAUCUCUUCCUUCAACGGCCAUGGGAAAAAAGAAAACUAUCGCGAAAAGUUCGCGCAAAACCUAUUUACAAAGAUGAAACAUCAAUUGUCUACAGAAAUGUUGAUCAACCAGGGCCUAUGCAUGCUGCUUUAGAGCGACUUGAAAUAAAUACUGUCGAUAAAAUUUUACGCUAUGCUACUGAGAUUCAUGGAGAUAAACAAUGCUUGGGUACGAGACAGAUACUCGGUGAAGAAAAUGAACUUCAACCCAAUGGCAGGGUUUUCAAAAAGUACAAUAUGGGCGAUUAUAAAUGGAAGAGUUAUAAAGAAGUCGAAAGAUUGGUAACGUCAUUCGGAAAAGGAUUGAAAGAACGUGGACUGACACAACGAAAGAAUAUCGUUAUUUUCGCAGAAACCCGAGCUGAGUGGAUGAUUGCAGCUCAUGGAUGUUUUAAGCAAAAUUUAUCUAUAGUCACUAUUUAUGCGACUUUGGGAGAUGAAGCUAUUGCACACGGAAUAAAUGAAACUGAAGUGGAUACAGUGAUAACCAGUCACGAACUCUUGCCUAAAUUCCGCAAUUUAUUGUCAAUGACACCCGAAGUAAAGUGCAUUAUUUACAUGGAAGACCAGUUAGUCCCGACAGACACAACUGGAUUCAAAGAAGGAGUAAGUUUAUUGCCGUUUUCAGAUGUGAUUAAAAUAGGUAAUUCGUCCACUAUUGAGUCUAUUGGCCCACAACCAGACGACACAGCUAUCAUAAUGUACACAUCUGGAUCGACUGGUGUGCCCAAAGGUGUAAUAUUGACGCACAAAAAUAUCGUUGCUAAUAUUAAAGCAUCUUGCAGCGCUUGUGUGACUAGACCAGAUGAUGUUUUCCUCGGUUUCUUACCACUGGCUCAUGUCUUUGAGCUUUUGGUUGAGUGUGUCGCUUUAUUAUCCGGAGUACCGAUCGGUUACAGUUCCCCUCUGACAAUGAUCGAUUCCAGCAGUAAAAUUCAACGAGGAUGCAAAGGUGAUGCAUCUAUAUUACGUCCUACAUGCAUAACUGCCGUGCCACUUAUACUUGACCGUAUAUCGAAGGGAAUAAAUGAAAAAGUAAAGAAGAAGGGGCCAUUUAGUCAGGCGAUAUUUAAAUUUGCUUAUGAAUACAAACUUAAGUGGACAAAACGAGGCUUUGAGACACCUUUCUUCGAUCGAUUAAUAUUUAGCUCAGCUAAGCAAGUUCUUGGCGGGCGAAUGAGAUUCAUACUGUCAGGUGGUGCUCCACUCACUCCAGAAACGCAUACUCAAGUUAAAAUUUGCCUCUGCACCGCUGUACUUCAAGGAUACGGUCUAACAGAAACUUGCUCAUCAGUCAGUGUUAUGGACUAUUACGAUCGUACCACUGGAAGAGUUGGUGCACCAGAAAUUGGUUGUGAUGUGAGGCUAGAAAAUUGGGAAGAAGGUUCAUACAGAGUUACUGACACUCCUAAUCCACGUGGAGAAAUAAUUAUCGGAGGAGAUAACGUUUCUCAGGGAUAUUACAAAAUACCAGAAAAAACUAAGGAAGACUUUUUUGAAAAAGAUGGUAAACGGUGGUUCAGAACUGGCGAUAUUGGUGAAAUUUAUCCCGAUGGUUGUCUUAAAAUUAUUGACCGUAAGAAAGAUUUGGUUAAAUUACAACAUGGUGAAUAUGUAUCACUUGGAAGAGUCGAGUCGGAAUUAAAAACUUGCCGGCUAAUUGAAAAUAUUUGUGUUUAUGGUGAUAGUCAUAAGUCUUACACAGUAGCGUUGGUUGUACCUCAUACGCUAUAUUUACAAGAAAUAGCUGAUCGUCUUGGUAUACAGGGUAGUUUUGAACAGCUUUGUGAGAAUCCACAAAUAGAAAAAGCUGUUUUACAAGAACUGAUUGAGCAUGCCAAGAAAUCAAAUCUUCAAAGAUUCGAAAUACCCGGAGCUGUCAAAUUAUGUGCUGAACAAUGGUCACCAGACAUGGGUCUCGUUACAGCAGCAUUUAAAGUUAAGAGGAAAGCUGUACAAGAACGCUAUCAACAUGAAAUAAAUCGAAUGUAUGCAUCGUGA